AUGCCCCUGCCAGUUGGCGCUAAGAGGAAACGACCGGAGCGUACAUAUUCAGAUGAUCAGCCGCCCUCUCGUCCUUCACCACAUCGACCGGGAAAUCUCAGUCUCGCUCAGUCGACGCCCUAUCACACGUCUGGAAAUGAUCGUGAAUAUAGCCAACUGCGUGGAAGAGGUGGUCGACGAUCAAGCAGAGGAGGCCGCGGAGGCAAUCCUGCAUCUAGCCCAGUUCACGCUCAAGGAGACAAGCCUCCUGCCGCGACGAAGGCGCCGUUAGUCGAACGCGAGUCCAGCACAGCAAACGGCACUAUGUCUGCGGCCCAGCAAAACCCUCCGAACAUACCUGACUUAUCCAGUCCCCCACCUGAACCUCAACCCUACAAUUACACCUACUUGACAAGCGCAGUUUGUGAGUCAUGGCAGACCGGGGGAAGGGAAGAUGCCUUGCGGCACGGCCUGCAAGGUAUGCAGGAAGAGGACGGGACACAGCUGAUCGCAUUCAUGCAAGAGCUUGUCCAGGCUGUUGUAUUUGGCAGGCUUGGUCCAUCAGAAGCAGGAGACCUUGUUAAGCAAAUGCAUGAAAGCGAAAUGCCAGAUGAAGACAACCAACAAAUACCACCUCCCACAGCCUUACAAGCCGCCCUUCUAGAUUCCAUCUCCGUCAUCUACGAGAGCAAUCCUCUGAUACCGCUCGAUCGCCUCUCCUCAUUCAUCCUUUCGACCGGAAUACCUCACGACUUACUACGACAUGAGCUGGACGCGCCUUUGCUCGAAAAAUUGGAUCUGAUCAGGAACACGUUCAAUCGCAUGGGCAUCAGAAAGCAGACAAACCUUCUCUACAGACAGGCCAACUUCAACCUCAUGCGGGAAGAAUCUGAAGGCUUCGCGAAGUUGAUGACGGAGUUAUUCACUACUAGCAGUAAUGAGGCUCCGACUGCAGAAACUGUCGAGGACACGGUUGAAAAGGUUAAGGCUAUGAUCGGCGCAUUUGACCUGGAUGUGGGUCGAAGCUUGGAUGUUGUUCUCGACGUCUUUAGUGCCGUUCUGGUCAAGCAGUGUCGAUUCUUUGUCAAAUUCCUUCGCGCGAGUCCGUGGUGGCCUCGGCCAUCGACACCAGUCAAGAAAACCCCAAGUCUGACAGGGCUUCCAAAGUGGGCCUUUCCCGGUUCUCCUGAUUGGCAUCUCACAGAGGAGCAAAAGCAAAUUGUCGCAGACGAGACCCGGGCUCGUGACGAGGCUUUCUGGCCCAUGGCUCGAGAGCGAGGCCUCGAAGCUUUCUAUCUCCUUGGGAGAUCACAAGCGCCACAAGAGAUCCGUGAACGAGCUUCAGCCUCCGGGGAUGAUCUUCUCACGCAGUGGAUUCGAGAGACUGGCACCCUGCCGCCUUCCGGCAAUCGCGACGCCGCACAGCUUCUGGGAUUUAAACUCCGUUUCUAUUCAUCGUCGCCAGCACGGGAUGAGACAGAUGUCCUCCCAGACAAUCUCAUCUACCUUUCGGCUCUCCUCAUCAAAAUCGGAUUUGUCUCGCUCAAGGAUCUGUACCCGCAUAUCUGGAGGACGGAUGACGCGAUGGAAGAACUCAAAGAGCAAAAGACACGAGAAAAACAAGAGCGGGAAAAAGCCGCAAGGCCAGGAGCAGGCGCACGGAAUGCUCUCACAGCGGCUGGGGCGCUGAUUGACGACACCUUACCGGCGCCACCUCGGCUGAAAGAGUCAACCACACGGCCCAACACCCCAUCGAAAGAACCAGAGGCAGAGAAGCCGACUCCGAAAGAGAAUGAGCCCGCGGACCAGAAAGUUCUAUUACUCAAGAGCUUGCUCGCCAUUGGGGCGCUUCCGGAAGCCCUCUUCAUUCUCGGCCGCUUCCCCUGGUUGAUGGCCCUAAUUCCUGAUCUUCCAGAAUAUGUCUACCGUAUCCUGCAUCACUCUUUGAGCAAGGUAUAUGGGGAAGUCCAACCUCUGCAAGAUCGUGCGAGUCUUCGGAGCCAGGAACCAAGCUAUGAGACCGAUGUACCCGGCGUGCCGAAAGGACAAGUCAAAGUCGUCGAAACGACUGAGAGAAAGGUCCUGCGAUGGGCUCAGCUAGACAAAACUGACAGCCCCGACGGUACUGAUUAUCGAUUCUACUGGGAUGAGUGGAACGACAACAUUCCAAUCUGUCGGACUGUCGAAGAUGUUUUCACACUGUGCGAAACCUUACUGCCUCUCGUUGGUGUCAAGAUUGGCGAAGAUCCAGGUCUUCUCCUCAAGAUUGCCCGAAUUGGAAAGCACAAUCUACAGACUGACAAAAGCGAGGCUAACCGAUCGCGAUGGUUGGAUCUGGUCAAACGUACCCUCCUACCUUCGCUGAGCUUGACUAAAUCGAAUGCCGGUGCGGUUAACGAAGUCUUUGAGCUAGUCAGCACUUUUCCCGUGAAUGUCCGCUAUUUGAUGUACCUCGAAUGGUCAUCUGGGAGAACCUCUCGCAAUCCCGACGUCAAAUCAGCGUUUGAUCAGGCUCGGGCCGAGACAAAAGAUAUUCUUAAACGUAUAUCUAAUACCAAUGUACGACCGAUGGCGCGGGCCCUGGCUAAGAUCGCAUUUGCCAACCCGCAUAUCGUGAUUACCACUGCGCUCACUCAGAUCGAAGUAUAUGACAGCAUCGCAGAGGUCUUCGUCGAAGGCGCACGGUAUUUUACCGAUCUAGGGUACGAUGUUCUCACUUGGGCGAUUGUAAGCUCAAUGGCAAGGACCGGAAGAAACCGUACCCAGGAGGGCGGUAUCUUUGCGAGUCGUUGGCUUCAAGCGCUUGCAGUUUUUGCCGGCAAGAUUUACAAGCGAUACGGCAUGAUGAAGCCUGGUCCAAUCUUGCAAUAUGUCGCCGGACAGCUUGAGCACGGUAACACAAUGGAUCUCAAGAUGCUAGAACAGAUUGUACUUUCCAUGGCUGGAAUUGCAACUGAUACGACUUACAACGAUGCACAACUACAAGCAAUGGGCGGAGGACCACUCUUGCAGUCCCAAACUAUCCUUCAACUGCUUGAUCGACGGCAUGACUCAAAAAAGACCUCCGAGAGAUUAAUGAAGUCGCUUCAAGACACAGGUUUGGCAGCGAAGUUUCUAAUUUCCAUGGCGCAACAGCGACAAGCCUGUGUUUUUGAGGAAGGGCAGGUGCCUCUUAAAGCAAUCGGCAACACGUACGACGAGGUACAUCGAGUGAUGGUGCAGUAUCUUGACUUGCUGAGGACAAACCUGACCCCAGAAGAGUUUCGGGCCACGAUCCCUGACGUGGUGAGUCUGCUCAUUGACUAUGAGAUUCGUCCUGAAAUCGCAUUUUGGGUCAGCCGGCCCCUCAUCGCGAGGCAAAUACUCGAGUACGACAAAGAAAAUGCAAAAGAUCAGCGAGUGGAGGAAGUCAAAGAGGUCAACGGUGACGUUGAAAUGUCAGACCAAAUCAAUGCCAGCUCAGAGGAGGAUGGCGAGGCUGUUGAAACAGAAAACCUGAUGAACGACUCGCCUGCUGCAAGCGACACAAUGGGUCCGGCGCUCGAACUCGACGCCAGCAAGACCCCUGGACCAUUGGAAGCAGCAACAGAUGAUUGCUGGCAUCCCGUGAUGAAGGAUCUCAUGACUGCAAUCGAGCCAUACCUGCCCAAAGAGGUUGUGGAACUAGUCGGAACUGGCUUCUACGCAACCUUCUGGCAGUUAUCGUUGUACGACAUCACCAUCCCCGGCAAAUCGUAUGAAGAUGAACUCUCGAGACAGCAUAAAAAGAUCGCCGCGAUUUCGGCAGACCGGACAGAUGUCAGCGUCUCUGGAACAAAGAAGAAGGACCUUGCGAAAAAGGAGAUACAGGAGCUCAUCGAUAAGCUCCUUGCGGAAAAUAAAGAACACCUGAAAGCUUUUGCAGAGAGUAAAGCCCGGCUACAGCGCGAAAAAGAGCAGUGGUUCCUUGGGAAAGCGAGGAUGGACAAAGCAUUGAACACCACACUUAUUGAGCAUUGCUUUCUCCCCCGGAUGCUGUCUUCGCCGCUGGAUGCAUAUUUCUGCUUCAAAUUUGUCAAAUUUCUCCAUACGGCUGGAACGCCAAACUUCAGAACGCUCGGCUUUUACGAUCUUUUCUUCAAGCCGUCCCGACUUAUCUCGCUGAUAUUUAUGUGCACCUCUAAAGAAGCAGAUAAUCUGGGAAAAUUCCUGAACGAGGUGCUAAAAGAUCUUGCUCGUUGGCAUGGUUCUAAAGCAAUCUACGAAAAGGAAGGCUGGGGUAUCAAGAAAAAUCUACCAGGCUUUGCUAUGAAAGUUGAAGCCGGCAAAGUCGUUGCCCUACUGGAUUUCGAAAGCUUUCAGAGGGUGCUCUACAAAUGGCAUGGGAAUGUGCACACGGCCCUUCAGAGGUGUCUGACGUCCCCGGAGUACAUGCACGUCCGGAACGCCAUUUCUGUUCUACGCGCGAUCUCAGGGGUCUAUCCAGCAGUCAACUGGCACGGUACAGGGUUGCAGAAGGCGGUCGAUAAACUCCGCGAAUCCGAUAAAGAAGAUCUUAAAGUCUCGUCUCAGGCACUACUGGGUGCUUUACAUCGGCGGGAGAAGUUGUGGGUGGGACUAGAAACUUUCCGCAAAGGACCAGAAAAGAGCGGCGAGCCUGAGCGUGAAGUCUCCCAACCGAAGAUUUCUUCAUCGCAAGAAUCUCCGGCUACAACUGUGGCGCCGACCAAGAAGGAGGAUGAUGCCGAAGCCAAAGACGCAGAAAUGACAGACGCGCCAUCGAAGCCAGAAGCCAAAGGUGCACCUGAAAGGAAAGAAGGUGAAGAACCUACCAAGCCUACGAAACCCCAACCCACAAGCGGGCCUCCUACACCGGUGCCUAGGGCAAGUUCCAGACCAGGGAACACCAAUGGCGCUUCAACACCAUCUCGACAAGCCCCUGAGCCUUUGGCAAAUGCCAAACGAGAGUCGAGGCCUCCCCGUGCGGAAACGUCCAAGCCGCAUGAACUUCCUAGACGGCUUACUCCUCCUCCGUCACGACCUCCUGCGAACCUACCAAACCGUCCAGAGCCUGUGGAGUCUAGAAAUGGUCAUCGAGACAGCCCGCGUUUGUCCAAUCGAUUGGAAGUCGACGCUCCGAGACUGCCCCCCGACGUUCGAAGCAGUCGAGAUGCAAGGCUAGGAUAUCGAGGGUCGGACCGCCCGGACCGACCAGAUUCAGCUUUCGAUGACUAUGACCGACAUUCCCGAAGAUAUGAACGCCCCGAAGGCCCAGGCCAUGGCUCCCGCGAGGAGCGUGGGUACGGUCGAGAGCACGACAGACGAACUCCAUACGACCGACCUCCUGCGCAUGAGAGAGAUCGUCCACCCAUUCGCCCUCCACCCGUGGAGCGUGAGCGUGAAGGUCGUGAGCCAGCCUCAAGAUCAAGACCUCCUCCAGCUCCAGAAUCCUCCAGACCAGAAUCUCAACCUCCUCAGAAGGAGAGCCUCACGGAGCCUCCUCAACCUAUUGUUAAUCCAGCGCGCGCUUCAUUGAUCGGGGAAAGUGGUAGUGAGCGAAGAUCACUUCCGGGCUCGAGGGGCCAGGGACCAGAGAAGCCGUCAAGAUCAUCACGGCCGAGCUCUCCGCGAAGAGAAGACGACCGACGGGCAUAUCCCCGUCGCGAUGAUGAUCGGCCGAGGCCAGAAACUCCCUCCACACGGCCAACCUCUUAUACACCUUCGCCUGCGGAGCCGGGUGCCGUUCCUCCUCGUUCUAGUGCACCAAGUUCGUACAAGAGAGAGCAGCGCGAUCUUAGGCAGCCCCCACCCAUUGACAUGCAGCACGGCAGGCUCGAGCAAGAGUUGACCCAACAUCCAGCAAUCUCGCAAAACCCAGAUCGUGGUCAAGAGUCUGAUGUACCGUCUGGCCCUCGUGGUCGACCGACUUCAGGAGGGGGAUCGAGGAUGAGAGCUCCUCCACUCAAUACACAAGUGUCGCCACUACCGAAUGCUGAUCGACCCACUCCAACUGGACCUUCGAGACGACAUGGACGCACCAGUUCCUAUGCUGAGCCUUCAUCUGCGCCUUCCACUCCUGCUGCCGAUGCGGCAGGUGUCCACCCCUCUCGUCUUGGUCAGAUCGAUUCGGCAACCUCGGAAACGUCGCGCCCAAGCCAGGCCACACAGCCUCCGCCGCAGACUCAGCCACCGGCAGGUCCUAGAGGAAGUGCUCCGCCUGGAGCUCCGUCCAGGCCCUCGCCUACAAGUAGAGGUCCGCCCUCCGGCCCACAGGCUGGGGACGGGAGCAUGCGUGGUGGACGAAACAAUCGUAAUGCGCUUACAGCCGUCAACAACACGCUUGCUCAGGCUGGUACUUCCAUCCGCGGUCGAGGUAAUAUGAGACAGGGCGGUACGAGUUUUGGUCCGCAUAUGCCCCCUCCUCCACCGCCUCCACCGCCAGGUGGCCCUCCUCCCGCGAGCCACAGUCAAAGUCCCAAUGGAUACCCAUCACACGAUUUGUUUGCUUCCUCGAACCCUAACGAGGUGCCAGUGGGCAGCAGACCUCCUUCUUCACGCCACGACGGCAGCAGGGACCGUAGAAGCGAACUCGACGAAGAACGAGGUUCCGAGAGGAGACCAUCACGGCACUCAAGCCGGCAUGACGAAUCACGGGGGGAUAGAGAACAUCGGAGCGAGCGAAAUGGUCGUGACGGAAAGGAAGAUCGAUACGGGCCGGGCGACUCUUCGAGACGGGAUGAAAGACCGAGCAGGAGAGAAAAUCACCCGCCAGAUGCUGAUGAUAGGAGACCAGGGUAUUCAAGAUCUGCUCCUUCAAGAGAUGACAAUCCGUCUUCGAGGAAACAUGGUCGAGGGGAAGAACCGAGCAACUACGGGGCUCCCAGCCAUGGAAGUGGUGGAGGCAGAGGUGGCUCAAGGGUUGGGAGCGAAAGCAAGCGGGUCCGACGCGGGCCUUGA